CCAUCAUCCCCAUCAAUCAUCUCCAACACCACCUCAUUUUUCAGCCCACGAUUCGAACCGGGAUCGACUCUUCACUACAUACACCCGAGCUCCCAUUCGCACCAAUCACCCACCCAACACCCCCAAACCACCUCGACACAACGCCCCCCCGAACCAACCACCCUCUUUCCCCGCCCACCAUGUCCAACACCCAACCCCAAGACAAGGCCGAACCCAGCCAACAACCCCAACAACAACAGAAGCCCUCCGUCCUGGAAGAGGAUGACGAGUUUGAGGAUUUCCCCGUGGAAGACUGGCCUCAAGACGAAACCGAACAAGGCGCCACCGCCGCCAACGGCACCGACGCCCAUCUGUGGGAGGAAAGCUGGGACGACGACGACGCCGCCGAGGACUUUUCGAAGCAGUUGAAAGAGGAAUUGAAGAAGGUGGAUGCGUCUCGUUGAUAAUGACUCCAGAAAGAUGGUGAUGAGAGAGGGUUAUUGGGG